AUGUACCUCAAUCCUCUCCUUUUUCUAUUCAUCCUUCGACUCAUUUUUAUUGUCGAAGGGAGCUUACCAGCUCCCUACUACCCGAUCGACUACAUUGCAGUAAAUUGUGGGUCGAUCGGGAACUCGUCCGCACUCGACGGACGAGACUGGACUGACGAUUCCAGUCUCUCGAGGAACCAGGCUCGUAACUCAAUAAGGACAAGAGCCGUCCACACCUCUCUUUCCGGCGACCCGGUCCCGUAUUUGACUGCACGGGCCUCCCACUCACGGUUCCUCUACACAUUUAAACUCCACCCCGGGCCAAAAUUCAUUCGGUUACAUUUCAAUCCUGCAUCCUACAUCGGGUUUGAAACAUCUACCGAUUUGUUCACGGUCCAAGCUGGACCGUACAAACUCCUACACAAUUUUAGUGCUUUGAAGACUGCUCGAGCUCUCGGCGUGAUCUCGUUCUCGAAAGAGUUUUGCGUAAGCGUAGAUGAAAAUCGUGAAUUAACUAUAACAAUCUCUCCGAGUUACGGAAAAGUUUACGGUUUCGUGAACGGGAUUGAAAUUGUCUCGAUGCCUUCCGGUCUGUAUUACACACCAGAAGGCAAACCAGGACCGGAAGUCAUCGGACCUCACCGGUAUAACUUCUACAUCGACAACACCACCGCACUCGAGGCGGUUCACCGGUUGAACACAGGCGGAACCGCCAUUUCUCCGGUCGAAGACACGGGAAUGCUCCGACGAUGGUCAAAAGACUCCGAUUACUUAUCGGAGAAGAACAAAGUUUCACCGGUUUACCAUGCUACUACAAUGAUCAAGUACACAAACUCACCGUCAUUUUCCGCACCUCUUAAGGUCUAUCAAACAUCAUGGUCAACCAAAGGCAAGAAAUCAACAACUUUUACGUGGAAAUUACCGGUCGAUUUCGGAUUCCGGUAUUUAAUUCGGAUUCAUUUUUUUCAAUACGAACCCGCGAAGAGAAGUAAUGGAGAAUUUGAUGUCAUUGUCAACAACCAAAUAGCCGAGAAAAAUGUUGAUGUCAGCAAAUGGAGUGGCGGGUAUGGGAUCGCGGUUUAUAAAGAUUACGUGACAGCAAUGAGAGGGGAUAAAACGAAUGGUAUGUCUGAUCUUUCAAUCGUUAUCUUUUCAAAAAACGGAUUAACUGAAAGUAAGUUAAACGGGUUAGAAAUCUUCAAGUUAAGUAACCCGGACGAUAGUCUCGCGGGUUCAAACCCUUCGUUUCAACCAAAUUCAUCGCCAAAUUGGUUGCCAAAAUUACCGAUUUUUGGCACCCUAAACGUAAUAGCGACAAAAUUCAUCGCUAUAGUUACAGCAUUAAACAUAAUUGUGUACAUCCAACGAUGGUUUUGGGAGGAAAAGCUCGGGAAAAAGACCGUUUCAACCCCAUCGACAUUCGGGGAGACGUCGCGUUGUUUCUCGUUAUUAGAAAUCAACGAAGCGACCCGUGAUUUCGAUGAGACAUUAGUGAUUGGGAUCGGCGGUUUUGCAAAAGUUUAUAAAGGCGUGAUCGAUGGCGGGAAAACGGUCGCUGUUAAACGAAUGAGUUCGAGAUCGAAAGAAAACACGCUCGAGUUUUGGAUGGAAAUUCAAAUGAUUUGUCAGCUUCGACACAAUCAUCUUGUUUCACUCAUUGGAUAUUGCCACAAUGGAACAGAGAUGAUCCUUGUUUACGAAUAUAUGUCACACGGGACACUAGCCGAACAUCUUUUUAACCUUGGUGAAGACCAAAGUAACCGAUUCGAGUCACUUCCGUGGGACCAACGGCUCAAGAUUUGUGUGGGUGCGGCCCGCGGGCUCGACUACCUACAUAACGGGACACAUCACGGUGUGAUUCACCGUGAUGUAAAAACAUCGAAUAUUUUACUCGAUGAGGAUUUCGUCGGGAAAAUAUCGGAUUUCGGGUUAUCGAAAGUCGAAAACACGAGCCAAAUUUUACGAAAAUCUUACGUUAGCACAAAUAUAAAGGGAACGGUCGGAUACCUCGACCCGGACUACUUUUUGUCCCGUAAGUUAUCGAGAAAAUCCGAUGUGUACGCGUUUGGUGUGGUGUUAUUUGAAGUUCUAUGUGGACGGCCCGCGGUGGACCCCGGGCUCGAAGAAGACCAACGCAGUCUCGCGAUAUGGGCCCGCCAAAGCAUCCGUGAGGGCAAAAUGGACCAAAUUAUCGACCCGAAUCUACGAGGCGAAAUCUCGCCUCGUUGUUUGAAAAUAUUUACGGAUUUAGCGGAAAAAUGCACGGAAAAUCAACCGAAAAGAAGACCGAGCAUGGCUAGUGUAAUCUCGGGACUCGAAUUUGCAAUUGAGCAACAAGAAAGAGGAGAUUGGUUCAUGCCCGAAGAACAAUAUGUUAUAUCUCCAAAAGGAACAUCAAAAAAGAGUUUAAAGCCGAAAAGAUUGAAGAGUUGGAGAUGGGAUUUGCUUUGGAACGGGUCAAAAACCACAAAAUUGGAUUCGUUUGUCUCGGUGAGUAGCUCGAAGACAACCGAUGACGGUUUUCGCCGGUUUCUUCUUUCUGAAAUUUACUCGGCCACAAACGAUUUUGAUGAAAAUCUCAUUAUUGGUUCGGGUGAUUUUAGCAUCGUGUAUAAGGGUUACAUCGAUUAUGGAAGUCGAGUGGUUGCCAUGAAGCGAUUCAAGAAGUUCUUGAUUGAAAACUGGUUGAAAAAAACCGAAAUCGUGCAUGAAUUUGGCAAAGAAAUCGAGACAUUAGCUCAAUUGCGUGACACCCAUUUGGUUUCAUUGAUUGGGUAUUGCUACCAUAAGUCAGAGAUGAUUCUUGUUUAUGAGUAUAUGGUAAACGGUAGCUUACGUAGUCAUCUUUAUGGCGCCCAAAUCAGCGAUCCACUCACUUGGAAACAAAGACUUCGGAUUUGUAUCGAUGCAGCACAAGGGUUAGCAUUUCUUCAUACAGUUAAUGGGCAAACUGUUCUUCAUCGCGAUGUCAACCCAGGAAACAUUUUGUUGGAUGAAAAAUGGGUGGGAAAGGUUUCUGAUUAUGGUUUUACAAAGGUGGGUCCACUUUAUGCUGUUUCAGAUAAUCUCACUGGGGUUAUAGGCAAUUGCUUAGGGUACUUAGAUCCUGAAUUAAUGUUUGCUAAUAGCACAAAACCGAAUGAAAAAUCUGAUGUUUAUUCAUUUGGGUUAGUGUUGUUAGAAGUGUUAUGUGGUCGAAAGCUAGAAGAUCACACGCUUCAAAGAGAUCAAGUGUUCUUAAGAAGCUGGGUGAAGAGUAAUAUAGCGAAAGGGACGAUUCAUAAGACGAUUGACCCGAGUUUAAAGGGGAAAAUAGCACCUGAAAGCUUGAAAGAGUUCAUCAAGAUUACUGAGCGUUGUUUGGUUGACCAGAGCAAUGAACGACCAUUGAUGAGUGAAGUUGUUAAAGCCCUUAGAUUUGCAGUUCAACAACAAGAUGUUGCAAAAUUUAGUAAUGGCAAUUCGGUUUCCAAAAACAUGUAA